CAGCGACGGGCAGUGCCCCUGCCUCCCUGGCUACCAAGAUGUUGGAGAGCCAAGGGGCUGUGUCCAGCAGGAACACAAGAGCUGCAAGGACGGGGCCACCCGGAAUCAGGAGGGCCUGUGUUUGACAAAAGAUCAAUGGAAAGACCACUGUGCCCAUGAGGUGUGUGUUACGCCGGGAGAUGUCCAUGGCUAUGACCCAGGCCUGGGGCUCUGUCUGUGCUGGGGACAACACUCAAGUGGAAUGUGUGGCCCCCUGUGCCCAGAGACACAGAGACACAUCCUGCAGCUCAGCUGCUCCGAGAGCAUCCCGCAGAUUUCCGUCACUGAAGGCACCAGAAGGCAGGAAUUUUCCCUUCUGGAUAGGCCUUCCUCACCACGUGCUGUGGGCCAUCCCUGCAACUUGGACCAAGGGCAGAAGCCUGUCCCUCUGUAUGUGGUCAGGAUGGACGGGACUGGCUUCCUGGGCCUGACCAGACCAGGUCAUGAACUACUGCACUCUCUUGGCCUGCCCCUCAGGGAUCCAGGGCUCCCAGGCCAGGAAGCAGGAAAGUCAAGGGAAGGACGUCUGAGCUCUCCUUGGUUGCUGAGCCUCAACUCCACACGCCAUGGGGAUCUGUCUCCCCCAGAGCCAGGCAUCCAAAACCCUACAGUCUGCCUCCAGACCAAUGAUACACUGGCCUUCCUGGUGACCCGUGAGCAUUACCCCGAGUAUGACCUGGGCCACUUCUAUAACACCGUAGAGGAAUUCGACUGGGGGCGCUUCCGAGCCCUGGCUGAGGAGUCCCAGCUCCAAGAUCAAAGCCCCUACCUCUUUCUGCAGCAGUUCCAGCAGCCUGGGAUCUACGUCUUUCGUCUGAGCAGCAAUCGGCAUCGGAAGAUGUACAUCCGCACCCUCCCACCAGGGGGCCAGUGCUUUGGGGAAGGGCCCUUUGCCUCCACAACUCCCAGGUAUCUGAUCCAAACUGGCAUCGCCAAGAUCCCCAGACCCCCGAAGAGGUCUGGCUGGCCCGGAGUCCUCGGGGGGACUGUCCUGCUCCUGGGACUAUGCCUGCUUCUGUUGAUUCAGUAUCAGAGCCUGAGCUGGGCCCGCAAGGCCGCUCCUCACCCCACCUUCCGGAAGCAUCAGCAAGGAUACAACCUGGCUGCCUACACUUUCCCAAGAACUGGGAUGACAUCAGUGAGGAGAGGCCGGUCACACCCAGACCCUGAGACCCCCGGAGUUGAGGGAGGUCACGAGGGGAGCUGGGAGCCCGAGGAGCAGGUGGACCUGGAGUGGUUUGACACGGAAACCUUCUUUGGGAUCCUGCUCAGGCAGUCUCUGUCAGUGACAACCAAACUCAGCCAGACCAAGGAGGAGCUCAAACUCCUCUGCCUCAAACUUGCGAGCGAAGCCCGUUCUGUCCGGCAGCUGUGGGGUGCUCAGCAGCGCAUCCCAGCCUGCACUGACCAGCUUUUGAGGAGCACCCAAGGAGAGUGGCAACAGGCUGCUGAGAUGGCUGCCAGGGCUGCGGAGGAGGAGGCCAGGCGGAGGGGGCACCUGGCAGGCGAGUAUGCGGCAAGCCUUCGUCGCCAACUGAAGCUCCUUCGCCAGGACCUCCGUGCAAGGCAGGAGCAGUGGGGUUCCUUCUGCUCAGCACUGAGGACGGCUCAGCGGCUGCUGAAGGCACAGACAGGCUCUAGAUUGGCAAAGUCCUCCCAGGCUAGGCAGAACUCAGCAGGGGAUGUCCCCCAGCUGGAUGCUGUGCUGGGCCACCUGUCCCAGGCCCUGCUGCAUGAGGGUCACCGCCUGAAGGCCUGGGGUGUCCUGGGCACCGGCACUGGGGCGGAGCUGCUGCGACCAGCCUCGGCAGGCCCUCAAGGGGGCACCGAUGACAUCAGUGUGAAUCCUGUCACCAAGUUGAUGGUCCCUGGCCCCAAAUGCAUGAUGCUUCCAGCCAGUGGCCACGCAGGGUCCAUCCCCCCUGGCUACUUCAUCCACCCUGACACUGGGCGGGUGCUGCCCGAGGCUGGAAAUCUGGGAUAUGAUCUGCAGGAAGCUACUCUGGUGCCCACCACGGACUCCAGUUCUGGUGGCCUCCGAACAUCAGAAGCUGCCAUCCUCCCCUAUGUGCCCUUCCCAACCUGUCCUGCCACAGGCUCCCCUCCAGCCACCCGCCUGCCUGUCCUGCAGCCAAGAAGGACAUCUCAUCUGGGGGCUCUCAUGACAGACCCCAUAACUGGCAUCGAGGUGCCCGUGCUGGCUGUGACUCUGCACCCCCAAACGAGGCAGUGGCUCACUCUUGGGGGGACAUACUGCAAUCCCCUCACCAAGACCUUGGCCCCUCUAGAGUUGGGGGGCCCCAUGGAGGAUCCAGUCACAGGAGGCAUAUCACCAAUCCUGGGAGUUGGAUUGGAUGAAAACACAGGUCAGGUGCUUGCCCUGGGGGGCCUGCGAGAUGCCUCGGGGAACCUCAUGCUGCCUGGUGACAGCUUUGUGGAGCCGCUGAGCAGGAAGAUGGUCCAGCUCCAGGGGGCUGCCCAACAGGAGGGCCGGACAUUGCCCCACAUGGGAGGGCCACAGGCCCUGCUGGAUGCCAAUGUGCUGGUGGCCCAGAGGCAAGUGAUUACAGUGCUCCAGAGGUACCAGGAGAGGCCAGGCUCCAGGAUCCAGGGGCCUCUGGAGGCUGCCAUCAAGGACAUGAGACAGGCACUGGCCUUGAGUCUACACCAUGUCCUACAACAGGCUCGGAGACUGGAGAGACAGCUGGAGGCAGCAGAUGGCAUCGAGGCCAGCGGCGGCAGGAUAGGGAUGAUGUGCUAUCCUGGGACAGAGCUGUGGGUCCCGGCCCUGUAUGGGAUGGAGGUCCCAGACCCUGAGGGCUCAGGGCUCAUAGUGCCCAUCCUGGGCAUGAAGAGUGAUGGGAAUUCUGGUGAUGCCACACCCCUGGCAGGUUCAAUGGAAGAUGCUGAUGGCAAAGGUCUUGUCCCAAUCUCAAUUGGGGCUCAAGCCAUAGACCCGUUGACUGGGGAACCUGGUCCUGUCAUUGGUGCUCAAAUGGAUCCCUCUGCCGGAGUGGUAGUGCCCAUUGUCCAGGUGCUGGAGGCCUUACCUCGAGGAAUGAGAGACCCUGAUCUGUUGGACACCCUGGAGAAGGAGCUGAGAGCCCGGGAGCAGUACUGGCGCCGCCAGGAGCAGGAAGAGGUGCGGCUAGCAGAACACCUGUGGGACCUGAGCCGGGAGCUCCUCUUCACUCCAGGCAAAGACCCCAGGCCGCAGCUGAGGGCUGCUGAGGAGGCCUGUGUGGCCCUGGAGUCCUGCUGCCUGCGAGAGACCGAGAGGAGAGCCAGAGCCCUGAACACGCAAAGCGGCCCAGGGCGAGGCCUGCUCUGUCAAGGAGACAGAGAGGAGUGGGAACAGGAGGCACAGGUGGUGCUGGGCAUGCGGAAGGUCCUGCAGAGUUUAAGACAGGCAGCAGAAAAGCUCAGGCAAGCAGCUGGCUGGCUGCAGGGCCAGGAGGAGGAGAUAUGGCUACAGCAGAGAAGGAAUCAGAGCCCACAGAUCUGGAACCGUCCCAGGAAGGUGGUUCAGCAUCUCUCUGAUGAAUUUCAGGCGGUGGUGAGAGAAAGACAGAGCUUCCUGGAUAGGGCCCUUGCUCAGUUGCAAUACCAACGGGAUCUGAGCCGCCUCCAGCUCUUGCACACUCAGAUGGUCGCCUCAGGAACCCCUGUGUGUUUGGAGAACUACCCUGGAGACAUAUUUUAUGGGACAAUCACAACUUCUCUCAGGGACUGGGCUGCGGCCUGCCCGCUGUUGAUCCCCUUCCUGAAGAGCAUCACGGCAGCGCUGGUGGGAGCUCAAGGCCGUGGCCCAGGAUGGGAGGAUCAGGGGCCGGGGACAGACACAGAUAAAGUUGACAUCAUGUGGACCUCACCACUCCUUCCCAUCCUGAAGAACGUAGAUAUCUGGUCCCAAGCCUACAAGGAGGGAGCUGAACUGCAAGGACAAGUGCAUCACAAACCAGCCCCAAAAAGCCCUUUGCAGGAUUUUCCAAAACCUCAGAUAAUGCAGAAGGAAGAGCUGAUAACUGUGCAAUCCACAGACCUUUCUGCCAGGGAGUUUGUGGUUUACCAGUAUGGCCUCUCCAUCCUGCACCUCCUCAUCCCCCAGCUUCAUGCUCCAGAAAUCACCCUGAAGAUUGCUUCUCAUCUUCCUGCCAUGGAACCCUCCGACAAUGCCUUCCAAGGUUCCUUCUUCUAUCAGAGUGCUGAAAGCACACUGUUUGUUGGGAGAGAGUGUCUGGCAUCCGUGGGAAGCUUUGUUCUGCUCUUGAUCCACUGCCUGGCCCACAUCGCUGCCGAGGACCUCCAGCAGGACUCCAGCCCCGCCUUUCUGAGGUCAUUUUACAAGGGGUUGGAAGCCUAUUUCAGAGAAGCAUUCUCUAUCACACUGCGAAUGUCCGCAGUUUCCCGGGACAGUAAGCUGGACCAAAGCGUAAGCGCUCUUCUGCUAGAAGAGCAGCCCAUCUCUGACAGAGGAAGAGAUCUCCUCUCUAAACUCAUUGAAAUGAAGUGUGAGUCUCACUUGGAGCCAGAGUCAUCAGAAGAGUAUAUUAAGAAAAACAAAGAUCUUCUCCUCUUCACCCAUAUGGAACAUUUCCUGAAGAGCAUCCUCACUGCAGAGCAACAAAUCCCAAGAAAGCCAAGAGAUCAAUUUGGGGGUGAAGACACGAUCUAGAAAGAGAAAGGUGAUCUCAUUUCAGUCUGCAUGAUUAAAAGGCGUUAAAUAUAUCAAUACAUCUGAUGAAGCUGAUAAGAGAAUUUUUUUAAAUACCUAUACCAUUCAUGUAUAAAUCACAUAAUGUAUAUUAUAAUCUUGCAUAGAUAUAUCAUACCAGGGUCUAAUAUUUGGCAAAGAUAAAUAACAUGCUGACAUUUUCACUGUGACUAAAAGAUCAUUAGACCAUAUAUCUUAUUAAAUAUUCAUUAUUUAAAGAUAUUGACUGGACCUCUUUCUAGAAAUGUAAAGUUUGUAUAUAUUAUCAUUUAUUAGGCUAACAUCUAAAAUUCUCUGUUACUGAGUCACAGAGGUAUAUUUGUACAAUAUUUGGUGAUCUGGAAUGAGAGUACAUAAAAUAUAGGCCACAUGGCACACACAAAAUUCACUUUGUAGGCCUUGGUUGGAACACCUCAAAGAGAUCAGCUGCCACAUGAAACAAUUUUCCUGGUGAAUCUGAGUGCUGAUCAGGAGAGACACAACCAUCACAUGAAUUCGAUGUAAGCCGAAGAAAUUUUUUCAAAUACAAACUCCAAAUCAAAAGGCUGCUCAUAUUACAAAUCCAAUGCUAGCAAUUUAAGCUGCUUCUCACAUGGAUAAUUCUCUUUAUUGUGCCCCAAGAUGAGAAGUAGAAGGAAUUUUUUUUAUAUACAAGGUUUAUUGAGUCUCUCAAGCAAUGGAAGACAGACAGGCUAGUAAAAAAAAAAACAACCUUUAAACAAACACACUAUGUAGGUAGAUAAUGAAUGAUAACUAAUUAGUGAAUUCAGUAUCCAUCACAUAUUCAACACUUUUUAGUACUGAAGGUCUUUUGUCAUAAUUAAGAGGUGUCCAUACAUGGCUGAGGAUUUAACUCUAAAUCCAACCAAAAUACUAAUGGUAAAUAACUUUAGGGAACAUAAAAUAAAAAACACUGUGAGACAACAAGACAAGAAGAUUUACAAUUAAGGUUUAACAAAGAGUUUUAAAUCAGCCAUAAAGAAGAUCUGCUCAGAAUCAACUUACUACAUCGAACUCAACCAUUUCUCCCAUCUUACACUGACGUUGAGUUCUCAUUUCUUUGCUGCUAGAGUUUAGUCACUUA